AUGAAGGUGGCGGCUCUGGAGCUGGGCGCCUUGCUCGCCAAACUGCGCCGCAUCCCGGCCACGCGCGGCCGCCCCCUGCGAGCCACACCUGCCGCGGAGGACAAGGAGCCCGGGGGCCGGGAGGGCGCCAAGGCCCUGCUCAUCACCCUGCCCCAUAUCGGGGAGGAGGUGGCGAUGGAAGAAGGGAGUGACGGCCGGGAGACAGCCGGCAGCCCGCAGCGCCCUGCGAGGGGACUGUCCAGAGGUUCCACAAAUCAGUGUCUUUCUGGAAUAAGUGGAGAGUCUCUUCCAGCAGUUUUUGCGAGAAAUGUGCAGGAAGCCAUCAACAAUUAUACUUGUGAAACACUUUCAUCAAUUGCAUCUAGUGGUUGUACAACACCCACAGAGCUGAAUAAUUCUUGGUCUGGAAUAAAGAGCUAUACUACUGGUUUGUCUACUGAAAGAAGUUCAGCUUACUCCUGGAGGGAUGACGAAUUUGAUAAAGCCAACACGCAGAGAGUGCAUCAGUUAUUUUGGGAGAUUGAUGAAAUGCUGUUUGAAGGAAAAGUGACCUCCCAAACCGAGAGCCUGAAGGCAGAAUGUGCAGACUGGGUUGAACAUUUUCCUCAUCUAAGGGUUCUAGGAAAGCAGCUCCUGUUGCCGAAGGAUGAAGGCUUUCAGCAUUUUCAGAGCAGAAGUGAUACCCAUGUGGAUACUGAGUGUUUACCUGGCCUUCAUGAAUGUACUAGUAACAUAAAGGAGCUCUGUAUUUCAGGUUCUAAACUGAUCACAACAGCAUCUCCAAUACAUAAGUCACUGGAUUCAAGUUCCACUGGGAUUUCUGCCUCUGACUCAGCCAUGUAUUCAUUCCUGGAAGAGGAAAUCUUUGACGUGGAUGGAAAAAUAGAAGAGUACCUUGCUUUUGACAACAAGCUGCUUGAUGAUGAGAGCUGGGAACAAAAGAAAAAGCGUCUCGCUAAGAAGAGGAGUAAACGUGGCAUUCCCCCUGUUUCUCCCAAUGCCUGUAUCAAAGAUGCUGUGGCUUCUGAAGUUUUUGAUUGUAUCUGGAGCAAUAUAAUUGGAAUAUUGGAGGAGCUGAUUAAAAAAAAUUGGGACACUAAUGUCACAGAGUGUGACAAACAGGUGGAAAAACUCAAAGCUGUUACAGCAAAACUGCCACAUUUGCCAGUCGUUCGUACUACGGCAGGUGCUGGGAAUGUUCCUCUUUCCAGAGGCUCUGAAGCACGAAGUGUGUCCUUUGGAUCUCAUUUUGUUUCCUCACAGGUUCACCGUUUCUCCAGCAACUAUAGUGAUUUGAAUGGUGUGAUGACAAUUCAAGCAAAACCACUCCAACAGAGACAUGUUGCCACAGUAGAAAAAAUCCAGAAUGAGCAAGAAGACAAACAGCAUAGCACUGGCUCCAGUGCUCCAAAUUCAGUGCACGCUAAGUUGGGGAGAAUUGCUCAUAACAAUGUUCUCUCAUCAUCUCGGGUACUGCUGGCACCUUCUAGGAAGCUACCAAGCCAUUGUAGGUUACCUUCUCUCACUUCUGACCAACUCUCCUCAAAAGCUCCUAAUAUAUACAAUGAUGAAAUCCUUAGGGGGACUAAAUUGGGUGCUGGCUCGGAUCGUUUUUCUUCUGCUUGUGCAUCUACCACCCGGAACAAGUUACCACCCAUAAACUCAGAGGCUGUUGAAAAAUGUCUUUCAGUACCUCGACUGCAACAGAACUCUCAUCGAGGACGAUAUGCUCGUAGCAGAGUGUCAAGUGCAGUGCCUGGCAGUACAGAGCAACGGCCACUCAGAGAAAGAACUGUUGUUACUGAUCAAUUUUCAAGGCCCAACACAACUCAUACAUUCCGGGUAUGUUACAAUGCAAGCACACCUCAGAAGAGAUCACUGACUCCCAUGGAUUUUGCUAACCACAGAGGGACAGGUCAACGAUUUUUAAUAGGCUUACAGCAUUAG